AGUCUGUCCAGCAAAUAAUUCUAGACAACCUGCAACCCUUGUGAUAUGUUUUCAAUCGUGACAGUUUGAAUUCUGAAACCAGAUUUGUUCUUUGUCCAAUUAUACUGUAGGUUUUUUUUUUCGGCUGUUGUCUUAAAUUUUAAAAUUAAAUGAAUGUAUAAUUUUUCAAAGAAUAUUUUGCGCACUUUGUCGUAAAGCGGUUUUCAGGUAUUCUGAAGGCGCGGUAGGCAGGCAGGCACGUGCGCCUGAAGCCCUAGCUUUCCGAGUUUGUGUUUCAAAACUUCCUCUCGGUCACUUCAAACUUUCUUCACUUCCACAACUACCUUCAUUAACCUUCUCACACACACUCUUUGAUCCUUAUCUUUUACCCUUUUUUCAUCCUCACUUUCAUCUCGUUCACUGGUACUUUUCCGAUUGACACACUCUUCAGCAACAUCCACUAAAAAAAGAGAAAGGGGACAAAGUAGUGUAUUUCCACUAUGCAGCUGACCUACUAACGUUUCAUUUUCUAUCUUUUUAUCACCCCUACCCUUUGCCCCAGCCAUGUUUAUCAAAUCAAGAGUGCGGAAAGUAAGUGAAAGCGUUUGGGAUGAUGAUUACCUUUUUAGAGGUCAGUAUAUUUGUGACGUGGACACGUGUUACAUCAGAAUAUUUGAACAGGCAGGGCGUCAAAGAUUGGUUACGGUAGAUGAAGCAAGAAACUUCCUCUUUUUUUUAUUGUAAAGCAUUCUUUGACUUAUUUUUUGACUGGUUUCUUGCAAUUUCUACUUUUAAUAAAAUAUUAAAUUUCAAAACCUAUAUAUUGAAAAAAACAAAAAGUAAAAAAAGGAAAUACCCAGAGUUUCAAUUGAGAAAAGCUUCUGCCCACCCAAGGUCCACAUACUCAUCCAAUCCCAUCUCCUUUGAAGUGGGCGUGUCGCCGGUCUCGCGGGGCACCCGAUUCGUCCCGCUUUCCUCUCUUUAGGCCCCCCACUCAUUUUCCUGGCUACUCGAUCCUUUCUCUCUUCUUUUUUUUUGUAAUUUGUCGGAAUGGAAGGGCAUAGUAAUACUUCUGUUAUCCUGCAUACUUAUCAACAACAACAACCACAACAACUUAUUUCUUCAAUUAUUCCUCAAACAUUGUCAGAUGGGUACGGUAUUUCUGCACCUAUAUCACAAGCCGAUUGUUCUGGAAAUUCGAAUUUUGUAAACACGAAUCCCUGGAAUAACACGACUUUUCAAGCAUAUCAAACAGAUGCUCAAUUCACUAAUGAGAUUUCCGUAUUGAACUAUCCAAAUGUAUACGAUGAUUUUUCAAAGGAAUCCUCAAAUGGAAUAUUAUCCGACCCAUCACUUCAUGGAUCAAACAGUUCCAGUUCGACUUCGGAUGUUGGAUCAUCGGUCGAUUGCAGUAUUUCCCCGGAGCCAAUCCUAAUGCCUUCAGUCAAACGGGGUAGACCUACAGAGAAUCCAUGUUGGGCUUAUUUCCACAGAAUUGAUGAUCAGCUUGUAAAAUGUCGGCUAUGUACAAAGGUAGUAAGAUCGGCGUGUGCAACAAAUAUGACAAAACAUCUCGAAAGACAUCACGCAGACGAUUAUCAAAAAGUGACAGGACAAUUGAAACUAUUCAGAAUGAAUGAUGUUGGAAUUCGAAGUAAAAUGCAUUAUGAAGUGGCGGACAAUCCUUUAUCAACUCUCCCAGUUGUUACAAACUCUUACAUUUUACCAAAAAUGGAACCAAUGGACACAUUCGAUCCCUCUCAAUAUUAUGGAAUGCAACAAGACCCAACAUUAAAUCAACAGCAAUUUAUUCAAUUCGAGCAACCUCAAGCUUCAAUUGAUCCUCAGACAUGGCCUCUAACCCAUUUUUGGCAGAACACUGCUCAAACAAAUAUAAUGUCUCAUUUGGGAGAAGCUUCAACUUCUACAUUAGGAUCUUCUGUAAUUCAAGAAGCUCAUAAAAUGAAUCCAGAUUCAAAUGACAAGAGUUUUCAACUUGAUUUGGAGCAACAGAAUUGUGUAAUUAUUGAGCAAAAGUUAGAUGAUAAACCACGUGUCACGAAGCCAACUACAAAGCCGUAUCAAAAGAGAAAUAGAAAAACUGAGCAUCCAGUAUGGGCAUUCUUCAAACGUACCGGAGACGGAAAUGCAGAAUGUAUUAUCUGCCAAGGAGUCGUCAAAUCUCCUUGCUCCUCAAAUUUCAUGCGUCAUCUGAUGCGUCAUCAUUCGACAGAGUACAACGACGUGUACUUGAAAUGGAUUGAGAAACGAAAUAUAACUCAUCCGGGAAUACAUUGUACAUCUGUUCCUCCGCCUGCUUUUAUCAAUAACGAAACUUCUCGAACUGAGCAGACAACUUUCAGCGUUAAAUAACGUGUUUUUUUUUCAAUGUCAAUUAUCGUGAAUUUACAAAUUUGUGGAUAGCGUAUUUAAAGGCGCAUGAAUUUAUUCGGAUGGGUCUCGCAAAGAGAAAAACUUUCUGAAUAACUUCACGCGCCUUUAAGAACGGCUUUCAAAUAAUUUCUGCAUUACGAUAUCUUUCCUCGAAACUAACUCUUCUCUCUUCUAACUGCCUCUUUUGUUUCAGUGUAUUUUAUAUCAUUAUAUCCAGUGCAUUUCAUAUCUAAACGGGUCUUGCCACGAAGACUCUUUCCAGUGUUAUUGUUUCUUUCCAACUCAUAAUCGGGUUCAUAUUAAAUAAAUAUUCAUUUAAAAAGAAACAAA